UACUGUGAUAUUUAUAUAAUUAAAAUAAAUAUAAACAAACAAUAAAAACAAAAUAAUUUAUGAUAGUUUGCAAGCUAUAAUAAUAAAGUACCUGCUGGCAUAAUAAUUUCCUCUCCUGGACAACUAUUACAGUGACACUGAAAUUGUUGACAUUAUGGACUCAAUCAAGAAGUCUAUGGAGGAGUUGAAGGACCUUUUCAAUGUCCAGAUGUCGGCCUUUCAUGACGAGGUUCUACAGAAGAGUCCACAAACUCCCACUAUUACUGGACUGGCUGCACAAUUUAUAUCAUUUCGUACAUUCAUGAUGUCAGCACUGGGCAGUCUGCAGCAACAAGUAGACAUGUUGGCACGAGCUUCAGAUGAGCAGGAGACCCGCACUCGACGAAAGAUGCUCCUCCUCCAUGGCGUCAAAGAAGCAGCGAAGGAGAACACCACAGCUGUGGUUCUUAGAGUUGUCGGUGAGCAUCUGGGUGACCCUGAGUUGCUGUCUGAGGAUGAUGUAAGGCAAUGUCACAGGAUGGGGCGUCUCAGUUCGGACAAGCCUAGACCAAUCCUCCUGAAGCUGAGGGAUGUGCCGUCCAGAAACAGCCUCUGGUUUGCCAAGACCAAGCUGAAAGGCACGGGGGUGACGAUGUCGGAGUUUCUGACGAAGCCCCGGCACGACACUUUCCUGGCGGCGCGGGAGCGGGUCGGCGUGUCGCGGUGCUGGACCAGGGACGGGAGCAUCUUCGUUCUCGACCCGGAGGGCAAGCGUCAUCGUGUUGUGACCAUUUCUGAGCUGAACGCCGUGUGUCCAUUGACGUCUAAGGCCCAGGAGAACACCAAUCCUUCAACAGCCUCCAAACAGGUCACCGCAAAGGCUACGGCAUCUCGGGAACGAAGAGUGACCAAAAAGCCAUCGUAAUGGGAUCCAUUUAGUGUUUGUUUGAAUGAUACCCAUUAUUUU